AGUAUUCACUAUUACUCGUUUUUCUCUAGCAUACAAAAUUAUGGAAUCAUGAAUUUAAAACACCGAUUGGUUUGGCUGCUGGCUUCGAUAAAAAUGGUGAAGCUAUUGAAGGAUUAUCAAAAUUUGGUUUUGGUUUUAUUGAGAUUGGUAUAAAUUAUAAUUUCUUUUUAUAAACUUUUUAUUAUUGUUUGUUAACUCUUUUUUUAUAUUUUAAGGUACAGUUACCCCGAAAGCUCAAUAUGGAAACGAGAAACCAAGAGUAUUUCGUUUAGUUGAAGAUCGAGCAGUUAUCAACAGAUAUGGAUUCAAUAACGAAGGAUUUGAUCCAGCAUAUGAGCGAUUGCAUCGGUUUCGAUCAAAAAAACAGUCAACAGGUACAUAA